CUUAGCACUUGUGUUUUCCCUCACCCAUCUCAUUCAUAUUUCCAGAGUAGUUGUCAGUAUUGAAAGGUUCGGUCUUUUUUAUACACCGAUCUUUCUGUAAAACGUGUAACCUAAACUUUGAGUUUUAUUGGAUCGUCGUAAAUACCAAUUGCAAAUAUGAAACCAAUCGUUCUCCAUGGACAUGACCGUGCUCUCACGCAAAUUAAAUACAAUCGCGAGGGUGAUUUGAUUUUCUCGUCGAGUAAAGAUCAAAAGCCAAAUGUGUGGUUCUCAGUGAACGGCGAACGUUUAGGCACUUUCAAUGGACAUAUCGGUGCCGUCUGGUGCAUUGACGUCGACUGGACAUCGACCAAAGUGAUCACUGGAUCCGGUGACAUGUCAGCCAAAUUAUGGGAUUGUGAAACUGGAAAGGAUUUGGCCACAAUCAAAUGUAAUUCAUCGGUUCGUACAUCAAACUUCAGUUACUCAGGCACCCAAGCCGCUUACAGUACGGAUAGUUCGAACAAACAAGUGUCGAAUUUGGUAAUCAUUGAUGUGCGCUGCGUUGAUCAAUCAACAUCAAACGCUGAGCCAAUUUUACGUAUUCCAUUCCCACAAUCAAAAAUUACGGCCGCUUUAUGGGCGAAUUUGGACCAAAACAUCAUUACCGGCCAUGAAAAUGGUACCAUUUCAUUGUAUGAUUUGCGAAUGGCCAAGGAAUUGAAUUCAAUUAAAGAUCACACAGCAAACAUUAACGAUAUGCAAAUGUCCAAGGAUGGAACAAUGUUUGUCACCGCAUCGAAAGACACGUCGUCCAAAUUGUUCGAUAGCGACAAUUUGGUGUGCUUGAAAACAUACAAAACCGAGCGUCCGGUCAAUUCAGCUGCAAUUAGCCCAAUUUACGAUCAUGUCAUUUUGGGUGGUGGUCAAGAUGCGAUGGAAGUAACAACUACCUCAACUCGUUCCGGUAAAUUCGAUUCACGAUUCUUCCAUUUGAUCUACGAAGAAGAAUUUGCACGUGUUAAAGGCCAUUUCGGUCCAAUCAACAGUUUGGCCAUUCAUCCCGAUGGCAGAAGCUACGCAACCGGUGGUGAAGAUGGUUACAUUCGAGUUCAAUCCUUUGACAGCUCGUAUCACGAUCAACAAAUUUUCGAUUAAAUUUCAUUGUCAUAAAAGAAAAAAAAAAGUCUCACUGAAUCGAAACUGUUUUGAAACGAUGGUCAUGGAAUAAAAAAAAACCUAUUAUGAUUUGUAAACAACAAUAAAAUCCGCGUUUAUUUUGACCUUUAAACUAAUCCACAAUACACCUUUCCCGGUUCCAUGAAAAUAUCACAAUGGGUCACUAAAGCUACUCGUUUGCUGGCAUGUUGGGCAUUCGAACUGCGUAUCGGCCAGAAGGUUUCCCCUUAAGCAGUAGUAACAGAAUACAUGUGUACAUCCCAUGUGAUAGGGUAUCGUUGGUCGCUCAUCACAGUAUGCGCAUCUAGUGCUGGCACUUAAAAUGGGUUUUUUGUCUUUUUCCGCAUUGGAUGUACUAUUGCUCAUCACACAAUUAACAGCGUUCCGACACUUUCGCCUGACAUAGUGGUAAUUGAUAAGGGGUAACGUAAACCCAAGCAACUCC